UGGAUGUUCUUGCGCCUCCUGGAGAGGGUGCCCUUAGAUGUUCUGCUUGUUUUGGCCGACGGUUUCCGUAGCCCUUUUGGCUCAAGGCGAACUUUUAAAAGGACGGGCGGGUGGGGGCAUUCCCGCACGGGCAGGCGGGCGUGGCGGCGGGCAUUCGGCCGCAAGGCCGCGGCGGCUGAGGCGGCAUACUCCGCCGCACGGGCUAUCAGGGGCGCCCCUGCGCGCACGGCGGCCGAUGGUGGCCGCCUUGCCGCGCCUGGUCGCGCUCGCGGCGGCCUGCCUGGCGGCCUGCCUGGCCGCUCCGGCGUCGUCGUACCUUUGGGCGCCGGCGGGCGGCGCGCGGCCGCGUGCUACGGCACCGGCGGCACGGCAGCCGCGGGACGCGGCGGAGGGUCCAGACGCCGAGGAGGAGGCCGACCCCGCGGCCAUCGCGUUCGCCGCCGCUGGCUUCGGCAUCGGCGCGGUGCUCGGCUGGUUUGGCGCCAACCGCCAGAAGGCGGCUAGCGCGGUGGCGGCGUCCGCGGUGGCGCUGGCGCAGUCGCCAGCGUUCGCCGAGGUCGACUAUGUCAACAUCGAGGACCUGGGCGGCUCCAAUAAGGUGGGCGUCAACGACGCGGAUGUCCAGACGUACCGCCAAUUUCCUGUCGUGUUCCCCACCGCAGCAGGCUUCACCGCAACGCGCGGCCCGUGCAACGCGGUGUCGGACAUGUACAAGGAGCCGGACCUCGAGCCGCGGCUGAGGGACGUCAUCUCGAAGUAAGGGAACAGCCUGGCCCCUCCGCCCUCCGCGUUCUCCUCGCCCCUUCCUCCCCCGUCUCCUCCUUGUCCUUCCUCCUCCGGGGUUGCUUGCCACACGCUCGGCGCUCGCGGUUUGCCCUCCAUUGCAGGCUGCGCGCCCGCGCUCGCCGAGGGGUAAUCGGCGGGAUGGCGACGUCGGCAGGAGUGGCCGGCCUCCUGAUUCCCGACGACUGUUUUCUUCCGGACGGGGUUCGAUUGCCACCUCCCCCCGUGGAAGGUGGGACGCUCGGGGAAAAAAAGCUUGUUUUGGCCGACGGAGUGCCUCAUGUGUUUGAAGGAGUCUGGCCUAGGUCCGACUGUAAAGCGGAGGCCAAUGCCAAG